AUGGAUAGUGUAAUAGAAACAGAGGAUGGAUUGAAAAGGGAAUUACUAAACAGAGCAGAAGCAGAUGCCUCAAACUCUAAAACAGAGAAGAAGAAAGAAGAGGAAGAUGACAAGACGAAAACGGUGCCGUUUCACAAGCUGUUUGCCUUUGCAGAUUCCUUUGACAUCCUGUUGAUGAUCCUGGGGACAAUUGGCGCCGUGUGUAACGGUCUUGGUUUGCCUAUCAUGACGAUCCUCUUCGGAGACGUCAUAGACGUGUUCGGACAAAACCAAAACAGUUCAGGUGUCUCUGAUAAGAACAACGGUCUUGGUUUCCCUAUCAUGACGAUCCUCUUCGGAGAUACCACAGACGUGUUCGGACAAAACCAAAACAGUUCAGCUGUUUCUGAUAAGAUCGGCAAGGUGGCUCUCAAGUUUAUUUACCUUGGACUUGGAACUCUAGUAGCAGCUCUUCUCCAGGUUUCUGGUUGGAUGAUAUCUGGAGAGAGACAAGCAGCAAGAAUUAGGAGUCUGUAUCUGAAAACCAUAUUGAGACAGGACAUUGCCUUCUUCGACGUUGAAACCAACACAGGAGAAGUUGUUGGUAGAAUGUCAGGUGACACUGUUCUUAUACAAGACGCCAUGGGAGAGAAGGUUGGGAAGGCAAUACAAUUGACAACGACGUUUGUUGCUGGAUUUGUGAUAGCUUUCAUGGAAGGAUGGCUUCUGACAUUAGUCAUGAUAGCUUCAAUUCCACUGCUAGUAAUGUCUGGUGCAGCUGUCGCUAUCGUCGUUUCGAAAAUGGCUUCUCGCGGACAAACCUCUUACGCGAAAGCUGCGGUUGUAGUUGAGCAAACAGUUGGAUCUAUAAGAACGGUUGCAUCGUUUACAGGAGAGGAACAAGCGAUAAGCAGUUACAAUAGGCAUCUUGUCUCUGCUUACAGAGCAGGUGUGUUUGAAGGAGCUUCCACAGGGUUUGGUCUCGGUACACUCAACAUAACCAUCUUCUGCACCUUUGCGUUAGCGGUUUGGUAUGGUGGGGAGAUGGUAUUGGAGAAAGGGUACACAGGAGGACAAGUUCUCAUCAUCAUUUUCUCCGUUAUACCCGGAUCCAUGUUGUUAGGACAGGUAUCUCCUUGCUUAAGCGCGUUUGCAGCUGGUCAAGCCGCGGCAUACAAAAUGUUCGAGACCAUCAAAAGAAAACCGGAGAUUGAUGCUUCCGAUACAGAAGGGAAAGUUCUUGAUGAUAUUCGAGGUGAGGUAGAGCUUAAAGAUGUGAACUUUAGCUACCCGGCAAGACCGGAAGAGCAGAUCUUUCGAGGGUUUUCGCUCUCUAUCUCGAGUGGCUCGACAGUGGCUUUGGUUGGGCAGAGCGGAAGUGGGAAGUCUACAGUUGUGAGUCUGAUAGAGAGGUUCUAUGAUCCACAAAGCGGCGAAGUAAGAAUAGAUGGGAUUAACUUAAAGGAGUUUCAGCUGAAAUGGAUCAGAAGCAAGAUUGGACUUGUGAGUCAAGAACCUGUUCUGUUCACUUCAAGCAUCAAAGAAAACAUCGCGUAUGGUAAAGAAGACGCCACGAUCGAAGAGAUUCGUAAGGCUACAGAGCUCGCAAACGCAUCUAAAUUCAUCGAUAAGCUUCCUCAGGGCUUAGACACGAUGGUUGGAGAGCACGGAACUCAGCUUUCCGGUGGUCAGAAACAGAGGAUCGCUGUAGCUAGAGCGAUUCUGAAAAAUCCAAGAAUCUUGCUUUUAGAUGAAGCGACGAGUGCACUUGAUGCAGAGUCUGAAAGAGUUGUUCAGGAAGCUCUUGACAGGAUCAUGGUUAACAGAACAACUGUCGUCGUCGCUCACAGAUUGAGCACCGUGAGAAACGCAGACAUGAUUGCUGUGAUUCAUCAAGGAAACAUCGUAGAGAAAGGUUCUCACUCUGAGCUCCGAAGAGACCCCGAAGGAGCGUAUUCUCAGCUCAUACGUCUACAAGACCCCGAAGACUCAACGGAUGAACAGAAGAUAUCAACAGAGUCCAUGAAGAAGAUAUCAUCGCUAAGCAAAAGAUCAUCCUCUUUCACAAACAAGGAAGCAAAAGCAGAGCAAGGUGAAGCUUCUACUUGGAUUAAAGAAGAAGAAACCAAACAGCACAAGAAAGUGUCGUUGAUGAGAGUAGCUGCUCUAAACAAGCCAGAGAUUCCAAUGCUUAUACUCGGAUCUAUAGCCGCGGUCUUAAACGGAGUCAUACUUCCGAUCUCCGGGAUUCUGUUCUCAAGCGUGAUCAAAGCGUAUUUCAAACCACCAGAGGAGUUAAAAUCCGACACAAGGUUUUGGGCGAUCAUCUUCAUUCUUCUCGGUGUAGCUUCAUUGGUGGUCUCUCCGGCACAAACCAUCUUCUUCUCCAUAGCCGGAUGUAAACUGGUGAAGCGGAUAAGAUCAAUGUGUUUUGAGAAAGUGGUUCGUAUGGAAGUUGCAUGGUUCGAUGAGACAGAGAACUCAAGCGGUGCUAUUGGAGCUAGGCUCUCUGCUGAUGCUGCUACGGUCCGUGGUCUAGUUGGUGACGCAUUGGCUCUAACGGUUCAGAAUAUUGCGUCUGUGACCGCAGGUGUGGUCAUCGCGUUUGUGGCUAGCUGGCAGUUGGCUCUCAUUCUUCUCGCGAUGCUACCGCUAAUCGGGCUUACCGGUUAUGUAGUCAUGGUUGGCGUCAAUGCAGAUUCAAAGAGAAUGUAUGAGGAAGCGAGCCAAGUAGCGAACGAUGCGGUGGGGAGCAUAAGAACAGUUGCUUCAUUCUGUGCAGAGGAGAAAGUGAUGAAAAUGUAUAAGACAAGAUGUGAAGGUCCUUUGAAAACAGGAAUACGUCAAGGCAUAGUUAGUGGUAUUGGUUUUGGAGUUUCUUCCUUUGUCCUCUUUGCUUCUUACGCCGCCAGUUUCUAUGCCGGUGCAAGGCUUGUCGAUGACGGCAAAACAACCUUCGACUCUGUUUUCAGGGUUUUCUUUGGUUUGACAAUGGCGGCUGUAGCUAUUUCUCUGUCAAGUUCGAUGUCUCCUGAUUCGAGCAAAGCUAGCAAUGCGGCUGCAUCCAUCUUUGCGGUUAUAGACAGAGAAUCCAAGAUUGAUCCGAGUGAUGAGUCUGGUCGAGUUCUUGAUAAUGUCAAAGGAGAUAUUGAGCUUCGUCACAUCAGUUUCAAAUACCCUUCAAGACCAGAUGUUCAGAUCUUCCAGGAUCUUUGUCUCUCUAUUCGUGCCGGAAAGACAAUAGCUUUGGUUGGAGAGAGUGGAAGUGGGAAAUCGACAGUGAUUGCGUUGCUGCAGAGGUUUUACGAUCCUGAUUCGGGUCAGAUCACUCUUGACGGAGUGGAGAUCAAGACCUUGCAGCUGAAAUGGCUAAGGCAGCAAACCGGGCUGGUUAGCCAAGAACCGGUUUUGUUCAAUGAAACAAUCAGAGCAAAUAUUGCUUACGGAAAAGGAGGAGAUGCUUCUGAAACCGAGAUCGUAUCUGCAGCUGAGCUAUCUAACGCUCAUGGCUUCAUUAGUGGACUACAACAGGGCUACGAAACAAUGGUGGGGGAGAGAGGAGUUCAGCUAUCAGGAGGGCAAAAGCAGAGAGUAGCCAUAGCCAGAGCAAUUGUUAAAGACCCUAAGGUGUUGCUUCUGGAUGAAGCAACAAGUGCUCUAGACGCUGAGUCAGAGCGUGUGGUCCAGGAUGCACUGGACCAGGUUAUGGUUAACCGAACCACAGUGGUGGUGGCACAUCGGUUAUCAACCAUCAAGAACGCUGAUGUAAUAGCAGUGGUUAAGAAUGGAGUGAUAGUGGAGAAAGGAAAGCAUGACACUUUGAUUAAUAUCAAAGAUGGAGUUUAUGCUUCUUUAGUACAGAUUCAUUUAAGUGCUUCUACAUAA